CGAGGUGCUGGGUCGGCGGCGCCGGGCAGCUGUUCGCGUCCUGUGGCUUGUGCUGGCGUGGUUGGACAUGGCGAGCUCGGCGUGCGAGGAUGGAGCGGGCCAGGAGGAGGAGACCUUUCUGUACUUUGCCUAUGGCAGCAACCUGCUGACGGAGAGGAUCCACUUCCGAAACCCCUCGGCCGCGUUCUGCUGCGUGGCGCGCCUGCAGGAUUUUAAGCUUGACUUUGGCAAUUUCCAAGGCAAAACAAGUGAGAGGUGGCAUGGAGGUAUAGCUACCAUUUUUCAAAGUCCUGGCGAUGAAGUGUGGGGAGUAGUAUGGAAAAUGAACAAAAGCAAUUUAAGUUCUCUGGAUGAGCAAGAAGGGGUGAAAAGUGGAGUGUAUGUUGUAAUAGAAAUUAAAGUUUCCACUCAAGAAGGGAAAGAAAUAACCUGUCGAAGUUAUCUGAUGACAAAUUAUGAGAGUGCUCCCCCAUCACCACAGUAUAAGAAGGUUAUUUGCAUGGGUGCAAAAGAAAAUGGUUUGCCACUGGAGUAUCAGGAAAAGCUAAAAGCAAUAGAACCAAAUGACUAUAAAGGAAAAGUCUCAGAAGAAAUGGAGGAAAUUAUUAAAAAGGGGGAAUCAAAAUUGUCCAGAACUUAACAGUACAUUUAAAGAUAUUCUACAUGUGCUAAUAUAAAGUAUUUUUAGUGUUUGAAAACAGGGAUCUGGAAUAUCUCUUCUGUUUAAUCUAUUAAUUUUCAAUACUUUCGUGAGGGGCCAUCUCCUUUGGAUGCUUCCUUAUUUUCAGACUGUAAAAAAGAACUGGAGCUGUGCUGGGAGUUAGGUGAUGAAAAGGGGGCUUUGAGGCCUGGAACAUGUGGAUGGUGACAGGUUUGGCUUCUCCUAUGGGCACUAACACUGCACCCCUGAGUUGAUCUUAAGCUUCUUGCUCAGUGAUAAGGGAUAUGUUUCAGCCUGUUUGAUACAGUGGUAAUGAAUUGCUCUGUUGUCCUUUUUUUAAAAAUAAACUUAAUAAGCAAACUA